AUGGCUAAACCCUUUAAACCUCUCCCCUUUCUCUUCUUCAUAAUCUUCUCCUUCCUAGUCCCCACUUCACUCCCGCUCCCGCUCUCAACAAACAGCAGAUGGAUAGUCGACUCGGCGACUCGGGAGCGAGUCAAGCUCGCCUGCGUCAACUGGCCAUCCCACUUGGAAACCAUGCUGGCCGAAGGCCUACACAUGCAGCCGCUCCCGCGAAUCGUUUCGUCCGUAGUCCGAAACGGCUUCAACUGCGUCCGUUUCACCUUCGCCACCCACAUGUUCACACGUUUCGCCAACCGCACGGUGGCCCAGUCGUUCGACGGGCUCAAACUGACCGAGGCCAAGGCCGGGAUAGCCCACUACAACCCUUCCCUCCUGGGCCUGACCCUCGUCCAGGCCCAUCAGGCCGUGGUGGACGAGAUGGGCGCCCAGGGGCUCAUGGUGGAUCUCGAUAAUCACGUCAGCAGGCCCAGCUGGUGCUGCGCGGCCCACGACGGGAAUGGGUUCUUCGGCGACAAGUUCUUCGAUCCGCGGGAGUGGUUGGAGGGCUUGAGGAUCGUCGCCAAGCUCUACAGAGAUAAGCCUCAGGUGGUGGCAAUGGGCCUGAGAAACGAGCUCAGAGGCCCACGCCAGAAUGCCCACGAUUGGUACUUUUACAUGAAGAAGGCCGCAACGGAGGUCCACAAGUCCAACCCAAACGUGCUUUUAUUCAUCGGAGGGCUGAAGUACGCCAACGACUUGACUUUUCUGAAGCAAAAGCCGUUGGGCUCGACGUUCGGGAACAAGCUGGUUUACGAGGCCCAUUGGUACCCUUGGAGUUGGGAGAAGCAAACCGUUUGGACCGAAAAGCCGCUGAACCAUCUCUGCCCGUGGAAGCUCAAUUACUUCAUUAACCAGACCGCUUUCAUGAACACUCUGGACCGCAACCCGGUUCCGAUUUUUGUUGGGGAAGUCGGGACGGACCAGAGAGGGUUGAACCGGUCGGGCGACUACUUCUGGUCUUGCUUCCUGUCAUGGGCCGCUGGGAUGGACAUGGACUGGGGAAUUUGGGGUUUGCAAGGGAAUUACUAUUUGAGGGACAAGAACAAAACCAACGCUGAGGAGACUUUUGGUGUGUUGGAUUACUAUUGGGGCCGGGUCAAGAACCCUUACUUGCAGAACCGGUUGGGUUUGAUCAAGAGCAAGGUCCAAGAACCAACAUCAACACAUCGAACGUCCUACUUGAUGUUCCACCCACAAACAGGGAGCUGCAUGCAGGCCGCCGGAGACAGAGAAAUCUACGCCAGAGACUGCAAGGCCAGCAACAUAAGCAGAUGGAUACACGACGGAGAUGGGUCUCCGAUCAGGCUACAUAACCGGAGCCACCUCUGCCUGGAGGCCGCCGGCGAUCUACAGAGAGUUAAAUUCACAACCAACUGCAACAGCCCACGUAGCACUUGGACAAGGAUUUCCAACUCGAAGCUUCUGUUGGCUGCCAAGGACCAAAAUGGGGGCUACUUGUGCUUAUACAAGGAAUCUCGUUACACCAACAGCAUUUUCACUAGGAGGUGCAUGUGCCUUGGUGAUCGUGGUGAUGGUGAAGAUGGUUGCCUUGAGUUUGAUUCUGACGAUCCUGAGAAAGAUCCCACCAGCCAGUGGUUUCAACUCGUCCAAACAAAUGUUUAG